AUGUCACAUAUAAAUCAUUUACUCAACAGUGACGAGGCUAUACCAUCCACAGCCCUACGCAGUUGUGCACAGCGGUCGCCGAUGUCGAGCGAUGACGAACUGGUUGGGACCGCCGGGUACCGGGAGAACCAACCCGUCCCAGGUAGCACUCUCCCGACGUCGCCGAGCGACGUUUCGACAGACACAGAGAAUGAUGAACACCAAAGGCUUCUAUGCCAGUGGGAUGCCUGCGGAAGCGAGUUUUCGCAACCUGAAUUGCUGUAUCAUCACUUAUGCCAGGAUCACGUGGGCCGUAAGUCGCAGAGAAACUUGCAACUGAACUGCCACUGGGGCUCAUGCACCACCAAGACGGUUAAGCGCGACCAUAUCACCUCCCACCUGCGUGUGCAUGUUCCCCUGAAACCCUUCAGCUGCUCCACAUGCAGCCGUAAGUUUAAACGCCCGCAAGACUUGAAGAAACACCUGAAAGUGCACAUGGAGGACACCAUGAAAGAGCGUUCGCGUGCGGCGCCGGGCUCGCGUGGUGUUCGCAAGACAGGCGUUAACAAGGGCUCUGCGCUACAAGAGAAGGCGCGCACGUUACCCAACCUGACUGUGGAGAGCUUUGUCAGCCAGGAGAUGCAAAAUUACUACCCCUACUACAAAAGCAGACAGCACCUAGACGAAACACUGUCGCACAUUAUUCUCCCGCCCCCAGCCGCUCUAGGUGGUACUUUGGCGUCCGAACCGCCAAGCUACACACGGAAAGCAGUGUCGUUCUUCACGACGCUGUCGCAGGACAUGUCUCGUCGCUUGCCUUCUCUUGCUCCUUGCAACAGCCCCGGGCCUGCGGGUAAGAUGGUAAUGCUUCCCCGCCCAGAACAGCAAUAUGCACGCGUGCCUAGAUAUCCAGCGAUGCCGGAACUCCCUCCUUUGGUGACCUCUCCGGGAGCGGAAUCCCACGCGUUGCCCCGAGGACACAACUUCCGACCCGCUCCAUUAAUUCCUGGCUCUAUGCUGCCCUCGCUCAGCCGCUUUUCUCAUGACAAAUCGCAAUUUGUUGCACGCAACUCUUACUCGCUCAAUCAAAAGGCCUCCUUGAAUGAAGAGCUCUGCGAGAAUGAGCUUGAUAUCGCGCUCGAGAAUCUUGCGCUGGACGACACUGAUGCCCUCCGUGCAGAACUCCAGACUGUGAACAUAAUAAAAGACUACCUGACUUGCUUACUACUCGAAGAUGUCUAUACAGAGUCUUUUGAACUUCCGGCGUCUGUGGAGAAGUCGCACUCCACUUUGCGCAAAUACCCGCAAAUAAAAGUAUGA